UAAGGCAUGCCCAGAAACCACGGGUUCCAUCAGCCAUCAGCCCUCUCAUGCCCAAACACAUUUGAGACAUGCUGGUAUGGAUGGCUGGUCAUAUAAUUUUUUUAGCUUAAUGCCUCUAACAGGUGAAGUAAUCAGUCUACAGUACAUCAGCUAUCAUGGAGCUGGAAGCGUUGGCUCCACCCCACCCCUUACUGAUAACCCAAAAUCUGGUCCCAAAAAAAUCUGAUCAAAUGAUUUAUCACAUUGUCUGCGGCUGCAACAUUGCAUGCAGAGCACUCAUGGCCUUGUCUCCUGUAGUCCUGCCCACUACCUUUUCUGGUAGCUACACAUAACCCAUCCCUUGAACUAUAAAUCCAUGACCUGCUCAACACAACUUCUUCAUCUGCAAACAACACCGCAAUCUGUGAAAAGCUCCAUCACAUCAUCAGAGCAGAAGUGCAGUUUAGCCAAGAACAUAUAACAGCCAUGAUCCAUUCAAAGAAGCUUGCUCAACUUGCCAAGAAGUGGCAGAGGAUGGUGGCAGCUGGUGGCCAGCAGACUGCAGACACCGACGGGUGCUGCAGCACUGCUUCUGUUGCAGACAGGGGCCACUGUGUCAUGUACACUGUUGAUGGAUCACGGUUCGAGGUCCCUUUGGUGUACCUUGGCACAAUGGUCUUCGGUGAGCUCCUGAGGAUGUCUCAAGAGGAAUUUGGCUUCUCUAGCGAUGGCAAGAUCACAUUACCUUUUGAUGCCUGUGUGAUGGCGUAUGUGAUGUGUUUGAUUAGGAGAGAGGCCUCUGAAGAGGUUGAGAAGGCGUUCCUGAGCUCCAUAGCAAUGCCUUGCCACAGUGCGAGUUGUGUAGCUUCAGUGAGACUUAAUCAGCAAUUUGCUGUUUGUAGCUAGUGAUAAAUGUUUUUGUUCAGUUGAGUGUAAAUUGAAGAAUUGUAGGGAAUGAAAAGAAUAUACAGAUCUUCUCUCGUCUUAGCAGACCAAAUGAUAAUUUCACUGAAUUUUUUGAUUUCCUCAUGAUUA